AUGUGUGCAAUGCAUAGUCUAUACAUUGCAAGUGAAACGUUAUUAGCGAGAACUUUGGUGAGACGCGCUCAACUCGAUCAUCACAUAGCGACCACGGUAACAAUCUCAAAGCGUGUGCUCGAAUGUUUAACUAUUCCACGGGUAUUUCGCACCAGUCUUGUUGUAAGAAUUUUAAAAGUCCUCCGCGAGUUAGAACGGGAACACAAUCUUCUUGACACCUGCUACGUGAGGUCAGUGGAACACCCUCGGUGUCGUAACGGGUCUUAUACCUUCGGUGAGCUGUGGCAACUGCCUUUGGAGCAUGAAUGGAUCUGUGGCGAAUGUGGGACCAUGCUGUAUGACAUCGACUAUGAUAGAGAUCACAUCCGGCUUUAG